AUGGCCACCAAAAACGAGCCACUAAAGAACAACCAGAAAGGUCCGCUCAGUUUCGACGAUCUUUCUGCAUCUGAUUUGAUUCGUGGGACGACUCCAGUGGACAUUAAGGCUCGCUGCCUAACUGUCUGCCGCUCCUACCUUGCCGCAAGCUGGCUCAGCGCCACUGAAGAGGACAUCGAAGUGACGAGAAUCACCGGCGGACUGACAAACCAAAUUUAUCGGGUGAAACUGCUGAAAACAGAUGAAAGUGUAAAGCGAGAACUGUGCACCGAUGUGGCCAUCAAGUUUUACCUGCCCAAGCUGGUGGCCAACUUUGAUGCAGAGGAUGGCGAGCGCCUAAAUGACACCAUCAUCCUAACUAUUCUCUCUGAACUUGGCAUUCAUCCUAGAGUGUUUGGAAUCUUCAAAGACGGUUUUGUGCAGGAGUACGUAGAGCAUCAUCAAUUUGGUCCUGAGCACCAGAAACAACCGGAGCUUCUGCGAAUUGUAGCCCACCUGAUGGCCAAAGUUCAUUCGCUUCAAGUUCCAAUUCGAAAGAAUCUCGAUGCGCUGACCUCAGCAAUGGGCCGCCACAUCGAUGAAGCCUAUGAAGAUGGUCGCAUGGAACUGAUAAAAGAACUGAAUUUAAAA